AUGACCACCGGCGCGCCCGCCGGCAUGUCGGACGCCUCGGCGCUCGACGAGACCCAGGUCUCGAUGGACCAUUUCUGGGAGCGCGAGGAAGGGGACCGGCGCCAGAACCCCUACCUGUUCAUGAAGCCGGGCAGCAUCGCCAUCGGCCACGGCGAGCCGAUCCUGAUGAAGCCCGAGCGGGAGAUGGUGGACUGGGAAUGCGAGCUGGCGGUGGUGAUCGGCCAGCCCGCGAGCGACGUGGAGGCCGGGGACGCCGGCGCCCACAUCUUCGGCUACACCAUGAUGAACGACACCUUCGCUCCGCUCGGCCCCUUCAUCACUCCGGCCGAGUUCGUCGCGGACCCCCACGUCCUCGACAUCCGCUUCACGCUCUCCGGCGAGAUCAUGCAAGACGCCAACACCCGCCUGAUGGAGCACCAGAUCCCGGAGCUGAUCCAGUUCGCCUCCCACAACCUGAUCCUCCGGCCGGGCGACGUGAUCGCCACCGGGACCCCGGACGGGGUGGGCUACGCCCGCACUCCGCCCAUCUUCAUGAAACCCGGCGACACCGCCGCCUGCUGGGCCGAGGGCAUCGGGACGCUCGUGAACCCGGUGCGCGAGUGGACGGAAUGGAUCCGCUGA